AUGACAGGGCUCAUGGACAUCAAUCAGGUGCCGUCAUCGCGCAGCGUCAGAGCUCUGCGGCGGGUCUACGACAGCGUCCAGGCUCACAUCCGGGGCCUUCGGGCGUUGGGUGUGACGGAUCAGUCAUACUGUGCCAUGCUCUACCCGGUUCUGCUUCGUGCGCUUCCGGACGACAUGAGGCUCGAGUUCAACGGCAAGAUGUCUUCGGGGAACGCCGAAAACGCCACCGCCGGGGGAACAUCAGCAACCGACAUCGGCUCCGACUCAGCAACGGAACAAGGACCCGUUAAGGAGGUGCGCGCGCUGCAGAACUUUCUCAAGAUCGAGGUGGAGAGCCGGGAGAAAACAUCCAAGGAACAACCCGAAGACGCCGGCGGUAAGCCUGCACAUUGUUUCCCCAUGCAUGAACAUCCGAAGAGGCGCCUAAACAACGCCAAGACUCGGAACGCCACCGCUACGGCCUUGCAUGGCAGGAUGGACAGCAUGGAAUGCUUUCUUUGCAAAUCAAAGGCGCACAGCACACCAGACUGUAACGCGAAGAUCGAACUCAAGGAAAAGAAGCGCAGGCUGCAAGCCGAUCGCAGGUGCUUCCGGUGCACGAAGCCGAACCACACGGCAAGAAUGUGUCGCGGCAAGCUCCGUUGUGACAGGUGUGGAGGAAGGCAUGUAUCCACUCUGUGUGAUCCAGAUUACUUGCCGGGACGAGCCUCCAGCGGAUCGGAUGAAACGCGGAAGAAAGACAAGGCGCCUCUCAGCCUGCAUGUGAGCGAGAAGGGCAACAAACCGGCUGUCCUUCUGCAAACCGUUACCGCGUGGGUGGAAAGCAAGAACAGAAGAAAGUUGGCCCGCAUUCUCUUCGACAGCGGUAGUCAGCGCUCCUUCAUUACAGAGGAGCUGUCGAUGGGCCUUGGUUGCAAGCUUCUCGGAACGGAGGUUCUUACCGUCGGAGUGUUCGGUGGCAAGACUAGCGAACAAACGUACCGUAGAGUUCAAGUAGUUUUGAGUAAUCGUCUAACCGGCCAGACAUACGAGAUAGACGCCCUCGAGACGCGUUCUAUCUGCGAACAAGAACUUCCAGGCCCGGAUGAAGACAUCCUGGUGAACAUGGAGGAGCUCGGACUAACGGUUGUUGACGACCUGAACGGACUCGAGUGCAACGGAGUAGGAAUCCUCUUAGGAUCGGAGCACUACUGGGGAUGCGUUACGGGAAGAGUCCGUCGACUGAGCGAGAACCUGACGACACUGGAGACCGCCUUUGGUUGGUCAGUACAUGGACGUUCCCAGGCGACUGCAGCUGUUGUCAACUGUUCCCAAGUGAUCGUCCUCAGAGCUGCCGUGAGCGACCAGGAGAACACGGCUGUCCUGAGAGGAUUUUGGGAGCUUGAGAGUAUGGGAGUUGUGGACGCAGAGGUCCAGGAUCACUCCGAUAGCGACAUCAUGCAGCGCUUUGAGAGAAGCAUCACCAAAUCUGAUCGAAGAUACAAAGUGAGCCUCCCUUGGAAACCUGAUGUGAAGCUUGAUUGCAACCGAGAGAUGGCUUGGAAGAGACUCGAAAGCCAACAAAAGAGGCUAAGCAAGAAUCCUGAGCUCAUGCAGAGAUAUGAUCAGGCAGUCCGGCUUUACGUCGAGAACGGAAUGGCUGAGAGGGUCGAGAGAGACGAUAACUCGAAUGAACGGAUCGCAGCCCUGUCGAAAAUGCUUGAAGACAAGGGUCCCUAUGAGAGACCAUUGGGACAACAGACGGGUGUGUUGAAGGUACUCGGUCUGACGUGGAAGCCGAAUGAAGACAGCCUUUCCUUUUCGGCAGAACACGUGAUUGAUUUUGCCCGCCAACGAAGAAACACCAAGCGUUUCGUGCUCCAGACGACAGCACGACUGUAUGACCCCCUUGGUUUCCUCUCCCCCUUCGUGGUGCGAGCCAAGAUCUUGUUUCAGGAAAUCUGGAAGCUGAAUCUACGCUGGGACGAUACACUGCCGGAAGAACUGAUGAGUGGCUGGAACAACUGGUGCGACGAGCUCACCACACUUCAGCAAAUUAACGUGCCCAGAUUCUACGACAGCGAGCUGACGGGCAACGUUGUACAUCGAACGUUGCACGUAUUCUCUGAUGCCAGCACCUCCGCAUACGGUUCGAUGACCUUCAUCUGCUCAACGGAUGACACCGGAGAAAUGACCGCGACACUCUUACUGGCUAAGUGCCGCGUGUCGCCCCUGAAGGAAAUCUGCCUUGCUAGAUUAGAGCUCAUGGCAUGCUUGAUCGGAUCGAGGCUGUUUAAGUACGUAAGGACACACCUCGAAAUCAAAGUGGAUGAAGUCCACUUCUGGACGGAUUCUAUGAUCGCUCUGCAUUGGAUUAGGGGAGAGCCAUUCAAGUGGAAGACGUUCGUGAAAAAUAGAGUACAAGAAAUUCAAGCAAACAACGAGAAGGCAAUGUGGCACCACUGCCCGGGGAAAGAAAAUCCUGCCGAGCUGAUGACACGAGGGCUGUCCGCGGAUCGACUGCUGUCUGCACCGCUCUGGUGGAACGGACCAACUUGGUUGCUACUGCCCGCGACAGAGUGGCCUGGGGAAAGUGACGAGGAGCUUUCCCACGACGGGCUCGAGGAGAGGACUCCAAGAGCAGAGCUCUUCGAGAUCGUCAGAAAAAAGGAUGGGACCACUGACCGCCGAGGAGAUCCACGUAGCGCAAACACACUGGAUAACGAGAGCACAAAGAUCAGCGUUUGCCUCCGAUAUUGA